AUGGCCUCAACUAUCCGCGAGGUAAAUUUAAUACAAAGAACUGUUGUGUUUCCUAAAACUUUUCAGCAAGAUAUGAACAUCACUUCCAUCUUGGAGCUCACAAGUUUAAGAGUAUUAAAUGCAGUAGCAAUAGAAGAUUUGCCUCCUUCCAUCAGCAAUCUUAAACAUUUGCGAUUCUUGAAUUUGUCCUAUUCAGAAAUUCGCACUCUCCCGGACUCCUUAUGUACACUUUGGAAUUUGCAAAUUCUCAAUUUGGAUUACUGUGACAGGCUUGUGGCUUUACCUAAGAAGCUAACAUGCUUAAGUAAUCUCCAACAUCUAUGUUUAUGGGACUGCGACUCAUUGUGUGAGAUGCCAUCUAAAAUGAGAGAGUUAAAUGGCUUGAAAACAUUGAGUAUGUUUGUUGUCGGUGUCAAGAGAGAUAACCAACUUGAGGAACUGGAAUGUUUGAACCUCAGUGGAAGGCUUCAGAUUAAGCCUCUGGAGAGAGUGAAACACUACAUGGAUGCAAAGAAAGCAAAGAUUGUAGAGAAAAACAAUCUUCGAGAGUUGAGAUUGUCAUGGGAAAGAAAUGAUGUAUCCAAGAUAAAGGCGGACGUUGAUGAAAUGGUUCUGGAAGCACUUGAACCACACACCAAUCUUGAAUCUCUUAAUUUACAAGCCUUCGGGGGUAGAUAUCUCCCAAGUUGGAUGACAAAGUCAAUGCUUAGAAAAAUAGUUACGAUUGAAAUAAGUGACUGUGAAAAUAUUAGGAGUUUUGCAAAACUGGGAGAGUUACCUCAUCUUGAGAGGCUGUUCUUAAGGAAUGUGGGGGUGGAGUAUAUUAUUGAAGAAGAAGAAGUUGGGUGUGGACACCCAGUAAAGAUACAGUUUGUAGCUCUGAAUCAUCUGCAUUUAAUUGAUCUCCCAAAUCUGAAGGGGCUCUCCAAGGAGCAAGAGAGUGAAGCGCUGAAAAAGUUCAAUAAGCUGCGGCCAUUGAAAAUUGAAAAUGCAAAAGAGAUCUCUUUAACAAGUGAAGGCUCGAAAGCCUUAAAAGAGCUUACACGAUUAUGUCUACACAGCUGUCAUCAGACAAUGAGAUCUUUAUCAGAAGGGAUGUUGGGACACCUUACUGCUUUGGAGGACCUCACCAUUUGGAAGUGCCAUGAAUUACUAGAGUUUCUCAAAGAUAUUAAACAUCUGCAUAAUCUUAAGAAACUCAUGUUGUAUGCUCUUCACAAGAUGACGCGCUUGCCUCAAGCCUUUCAGCACCUCACUCAUCUAUACCUAAACGAUCUUCCUGAGCUGGAAUCACUCCCAUAUCAGCUACCAUCUCUUAUAGACUCGUCUUGGAAGACUACCCAAAGGUUGUAUCGAUUCCAGCUUGCCAAAUCUGAAAGAGCUAACUGUCAGUGGAUGCCCACAACUGGAAAGGCGAUGCCAGAGAGGAUGUGGAGAGGAUUGGCACAAGAUUGCCCAUGUUCACAGCAUCUAUAUUUCUCCAAAAUAACUUAUAAGAUGAGUGUUGGAAGAACUUCAGAAAGUUGGCAUUGUGGCAAGGGGCUAAGAAAGUACAACGUCAAACGCUCAGAGUCGAAUGCAACAAAGCCUGCCACGACAGUGACCCCGCAAGCACCGGGUCCCAAUGAUCUUGAGAGCAGAGUCAAACCGAUGAAUGAUUUGGGCCUUCCCCUGUCUUACCGAGCAUUUCUCCAACUCGUUCUUGACAAACUGAUCUCUCUUAUCAAUCGGAAUAUCGGACUAAUCUUGGGCGUCGAUGAGGUGAUGAAGAUGCCCUGCAGCACUCUCACCACCAUCCAAGCUGCUUUGGAAGAUGCUGAAGACAAGAAAACCGAGAGCAAGGCAAUUCGAAACUGUCUUCAAAAGCUCAACGCUAUUCUUUACGAGGUUGAUGAGCAUUGUUUGGCGCUGUCGGAUGAGCAUUGUUGGGCGGUUCUGGAGCAGCGUGCCUUCAGUCCAGGAGAAAGGUGUCUCCACAGCUGGAAAUAA